AUGUCCUCCUCUACCGACGCCAUGGCGUCGCCAUGCUCCCAUGAUCAAUUCGACGAACCAGACCGUGGCACGGUGCUGAACUACAUUUUCCAGGCGGCCUCCGACGAUGAGCUCUCCAUCUUCAAGGAGCUGGUCACGAUAAUACUGGACAAUGGCAGGGGCCGCCCCAAGGAAGCGAUUGAGGAAUUGAGGGUGGAAGAUGUCGGGCAGCUUGAAGGUUUCAGUGCGCUGCACAUCGCGGCCAGUAAAGGGAGUCUGGAGGUGUGCAGGUACCUCGUCGAGGAGCUGCUGGUAGAUGUGGAUCUGGUCGACAAGGAAGGUAGAACACCUCUGUUGUUUGCAACAUACCACAAUGGGGGUACUGCCGAAUAUCUUCUUGAUCAUGGCGCUAAUCAAGACAAAGCUGAUCACGAUGGGUCUACCCUGUUACAUUAUGCCGCUGAAUUAGGCAAUUGUGAAAUGGUAGAGCUUUUGCUUGCAAAAGGAGCUUAUGUUGAGCCGGUAUCUGCUUGUGGAACACCACUUCAUGUUGCUGCUGGUAAAGGGCAUUAUGGUGCUAUGAAGAUUUUACUGGACCACAAUGCAGAUUACAACAAGAUGGUAAAUGGCGUGACACCUCUUAUUGUUGCUACAGAUGCCAAGUCAAUGAAAUGUAUCAAGCUCCUAGUUAAGGCUGGUGCCAAUCUCAAGGAAGCUGCAGCAUAUACAACUCUCCACGCGGAAAAAGUGGUUUCAGAUUACUUUCUCAAUUGCAUAAUGGAGGACGUUGAUGCCAACCGUGAUGUUCCUUUUGAUGGGCCUAUGCUUAAACGGGAAAUCGUGACAUCAGGGCUUAUAUCACGAGGGAGCAACUCUUUAAAGAACAAGGAUUAUGUUGUCGCAGCAAAAUUGUACAGUAAGGCAAUGGUGCUUGAUCCUGAUGAUGCAGUCUUGUUCUCAGACAGGAGCCUUUGUUGGCUUCAACUGGGUGAUGGAAAAAAGGCUUUGCUAGAUGCUAAUAGAUGCAGAAAAAUGCGGCCUCACUGGCCAAAAGCUUGUCACCGGCAGGGUGAAGCUCUGAUGCUACUGAAGGACUAUGAGGGCGCAAGUGAACGGUUCUGGGAUGGACUCAAGUUGGACCCAGUGGACACUGAUAUCGAGGAUGCAUUACGGGAAGCUAUGAAGUCCUUGAAGACGUCUCGGUCUCGGAGCAUGAGAGCCAAUUGA